AUGACAGAACUGCCCUUACUCUACCACAAAAUCCAACUACCAUUUCUCAUUUUCCUGGUAUGCUUCAUACCUUUUUUGGUAAAUUCACAAUUCUCACCGGCCGAAAGAGCCACUCUACUCAACCUGAAACAAAAAUGGGGCAAUCCACCAAUGCUCAAUUCCUGGAACUCCACCUCCUCGCCGUGCGAUUGGCAGGAGAUCCAAUGCUCCGUCGAUGGCUACGUUACCGGAAUUUUCGCCAAAGAGUACAAUAUCACUGGAGAAAUCCCAGGUUUUAUUUGUGACCUCAAGAAUCUCACUGCCCUCGAACUUGCCUACAAUUUAAUCCCUGGAAACUUUCCUACUGUAUUAUUCAACUGCUCAAAGCUUCAAUAUUUAGACCUCUCUCAAAAUUUCUUUGUCGGCGCCCUUCCAGCUGAUAUAGACCAGCUCUCGUCGCUCCAGUACCUUGAUAUCAGCGCCAACAACUUUACCGGCGAUGUACCUCCGGCCAUCGGAAACUUGACAGAGCUGAAAAGUUUGUACAUGUACAUGAACUUGUUCAAUGGUACAUUUCCGGCAGAGAUUACCAAAUUGGUGAACCUUGAGAAUCUGGGAAUGGCUUAUAAUGACUUCUUGCCGUCUGCCAUACCGCCGGAGUUCGGGAAAAUGACGAAAAUCAAGUAUAUUUGGUGUGCAAGGGCUAAUUUGAUUGGCGAAAUUCCGGCAAGUUUUGCCAAUUUUUUCAGCCUAGAGCAUUUGGAUUUAUCAUUAAAUGAUAUGCAUGGGGAAAUUCCAAGUGGGCUGUUCUUGCUAAAGAAUUUGAGUAAUGUUUACUUGUAUAAGAACCAGUUCUCCGGUCCAAUUCCAUCACCGAUAGAAUCAUUAAAUCUGAUUGAGAUUGAUCUUGCGAUGAACAACUUGAAUGGAACAAUUCCAGAAGAUUUUGGGAAGUUGAAAAAGUUGAAGCUCCUGAAUCUGUAUUCAAAUCACUUGUAUGGAGAGAUCCCACAAAGCAUAGGCCUAAUCCCAAGCUUGAAGAAUUUCCGGGUUUUCAAGAAUAAAUUGAGUGGAAGUUUGCCCCUUGAAAUGGGCCUUCACUCGAAGCUCGAAGCAUUUGAAGUUUCUGAUAAUCAAUUCACCGCAAAGUUGCCGGAGAAUUUGUGCGCCGGGGGAACUUUGUUCGGAGUAGUUGCUUUUAACAAUAAUUUAACCGGAGAGAUUCCAAAAUCACUUGAAAAUUGCCAGACUUUACGCUCAGUGCAACUCUAUGGAAAUAAUUUUUCCGGUGAGGUUCCAUCAGGCCUUUGGACUGUAAGGAACAUGACUAGCUUGAUGCUGAGUGAUAACUCUUUCUCUGGUCUGCUCCCAGAUCGAGUAGGGUGGAAUUUUACCCGAUUGGAGAUCGAUAACAACAAAUUUUCCGGUCAAAUUCCUGCUGGAAUUUCAUUUUGGUCAAGUCUGAUUGUGUUCAAGGCUAGUAACAAUACGUUUUCAGGGCUAUUUCCUGUGGAGCUUACUAGCCUUCAUAAGCUUAUCACUCUAAAACUUGAUGGAAAUUCACUUUCUGGUGCACUUCCAUCCAAAGUUAUAUCCUGGAAAUCUCUUACUGCAUUAAAUCUUGCCCGGAAUAAACUCUCUGGUCCAAUCCCCCCCGUCUUAGGUUCGUUACCCGAUCUUCUUGAUCUAGACUUGUCGCAGAAUCAUUUUUCAGGUGAAAUCCCAUCAGAAUUAGGCCAUUUGAAGCUUACUUCUCUUAACUUAUCUUCAAACCAACUCAUAGGGAAAAUACCAGACGAAUUCAAUAACAUGGCCUAUGGAAGUAGUUUCUUGAACAAUCCUAGACUUUGUGCCACCAAUUCUAUCUCAAAUCUUCCCAAAUGUAAUGCCAAAUUCCAGGACACCAAGAAAUUGUCACCGACGAUUCUCUCUGUGGUUUUAGUCCUUGCAGUUAGUCUUUUUAUAGUUACCAUUUUGGUGACUUUAUUCAUGGUAAGAGACUACAGGAGGAAGAAGCUUAGACAGGAUCUUGCUACUUGGAAAUUGACCUCGUUCCAGAGGCUGGAUUUCACCGAAGUAAAUAUUUUGUCGAGUUUGACAGAGAGUAAUAUGAUUGGGAGUGGUGGCUCAGGUAAGGUGUACAAAAUUGCCGUUGAUCAUGAAGGUCAGUAUGUUGCUGUAAAGAGGAUUUGGAGUGAACGUAAGCUAGAUUAUAAUCUUGAGAAAGAGUUCCUUGCUGAGAUUGAAAUACUUGGUUCGGUGCGUCAUUCCAAUAUAGUGAAACUUCUGUGUUGUAUUUCUAGUGAUGAUUCAAAGCUUCUUGUAUAUGAGUACAUGGAAAACCAGAGUCUUGAUAGAUGGCUCCAUGGGAAGAGGAGGAAAGCUUUAAGUCCGAUGAGUUUGGUUCACGAUAUUGUUUUGGAUUGGCCAGCAAGGUUAAGCAUAGCCAUUGGAACAGCACAAGGGCUUUGCUAUAUGCAUCACGAUUGCACUCCGCCAAUCAUUCAUCGUGAUGUGAAAUCGAGCAACAUUUUGUUGGAUGCGAAUUUCAAGGCAAAAAUUGCCGAUUUUGGCCUUGCCAAGAUUAUGAUCAAGAAAGGGGAACCUAAUACCAUGUCUGCUGUUGCUGGCUCCUUCGGUUAUAUCGCCCCGGAGUAUGCUUACACUUCUAAAGUGGACGAGAAAAUCGAUGUUUAUAGUUUUGGGGUCGUGCUUUUAGAACUGGUGACUGGACGAGAACCGAACUCUGGGGAAGAGCAUACAAGCCUUGCAGAAUGGGCAUGGAAGCGUUACGCAGAAGAAAAACCAAUAGUUGAUGCCCUAGACAAAGAGAUUAAAGAACCAUGCUACUUGGAAGAAAUGAUAACUGUUUUCAAGUUGGGGCUCAAGUGCACCUGUUCGUCACCUUAUAAUAGGCCUUCCAUGAAAGAGGCUUUGCAUAUUCUUCAUCGAUGCAAACCUUUUGACGAUUUUGGAGGGAAAAUGGAGGGAAAAGAUCAUGAUGUGGCUCCCCUCCUUGGAAAAGACAAGUAUAUUUUGAGUUACAAGUCCAAUUCAAAGAAAUUAAUGGAUGAAAGUGAUAACAGUUUGGUCAGCCUUGUGUGA